AUGGGGGAUUCGAAGUGCUCGGUCAAGCGUACACUGCUGGAGGCAAGAGAGUCGCAUUUGAAAGCGUACCAGACGGCGCGGAAGGAGAGGUUGCACCUGCAGGCGGGGUUGUCGGAGGAGAUGAUGGGGGAAGUGGCAUCAAAGCACCUGUCUGCUAGGGUUCGAGAAAGAAAAGGCCGCACACAAAUAACGGAGCUGAAGGAGGGAGGUUCGUCCGUCACGGGCGUAAAGCAGAUUCUGGGGGCCGCUUCAGAGUAUUUUCGGAAGAUCUUCGGCGGCGAUCGUCGCACGGAUUUCACUUCUUGGGAUUUCAGUCCAACGUGGUGUCUGAGUGAAGGAGCAGCAGAGGCGUUAACGGCGGAAUGGCCAGAGCAGGAGGUGAAAGCAGCUUUCGCAGCAAUGGCCAAGAACAAAUCACCUGGUGGGGAUGGGCCCCCGAAGGAGCUCUUCGAGGCCCACUGGGAUCUGUUGGGUGAGAGCUUCAUGGUGAUGGCGAAAAGCUUCGAGCAAACUGCUUUCCUUCCGAUGGAGCUCAAGGAAGCAGCGGUGGAAAGGGAGCAGUUGGGGCUCAGCAAGGACGAGCAGCGGCUGAAUUACCUCGUCGGUCUAUUCCUUACGGAAGGGGACGUGCUGAAGAAGGAGCUGAUGGAGUUAGCGGCAGAACUUCCUCUCAGAGCGGAUUCAUUCGAGGCCCACGAGAAGCUGUUCAAACUCUGGAAAGGGCGGAGUGCACGGUCGAAGCAGACCUGUGAAUGCCUCUCCCGCUCGCCGCUGUGUACGAGGGUGGCGGCCGGUACGAGGGAGGAAAUCCUGCUCGAACGAGUGGUGUUCAAUAAAAACAUUCUGCUACGGGGCACCACGCCGAUUGGCGGCCAGAAGGCUGCAAAGGAGCUGUUUGAUCUCAGGCUUGGGGAGCUGUUCACAAGGGAGGUGUCAGGGGAUCUCGUGCAGAAAUCCAUGGUGGAACUUGCAGCGGAGGUAGGGAGCAGUGGUGCUGCGAAGUUGGCGCUGAAGGCUCUGGGUUGCCUGCCUGCGUUAUGUACCCCGGCUUACGAUCAAAUGAUGGACGCGUCAUACCGGGGAGGAGGUGCAAGAGGAGGAGAAAGAGAAGUAUUGCAACAAAAUGGUUCGUGGGACGAAGAGGACGAUGCCUGGAUGGCGCGAACGGCGAGGAAGCAUAAAAGGCAGUUUCAUGGGGAGGAGGAAGAGGAGGAAGAUGAAGAGUGGAAACGGGAAGAGGAGGAGCAGGAAAGGGGUGUGGAAGAAGAAAUCUCUCUUACAACAGGAAAGGUUGUGGAGCAGCGCUCCGGCUGCCUGCGCUGCUGCCCCUCGCUCCUCCUCCUCUCGCUCGGCCUUCUCGCCGGCGCGGCAAUCGCAGCCGGCAUCUCGCUACUAUUCCCGUGGCGCGCGGUGUCUUUAAUCACCUCGUAUGCGAGCACGGACACGCUAGUCAAGUCGCAAGGAGCGCUGACGUUCCUAGUUGUGGGCGACUGGGGUCGCAAUGGCGACUACAACCAAUCGCUCGUAGCGGAAGCGAUGGGGCGAGUGGCAGCAAAGAUAGAUUCCAGUUUCGUCAUUUCAACGGGGGACAACUUUUACGAGGAUGGGCUGACAGACAGCAGUGACCCGCAGUUCACCUCCUCCUUCUCUGAGAUUUACCAGGCCCCCAGCCUUCGCACGCAGUGGUAUGCUGUUCUCGGCAACCACAAUUAUCACGGCAAUCCCUCAGGUGAUCCAGCCCUCUGCCUGCGCCACCCUCAGUUGACCUCUUGCCUAUGUAACCCCUCCUCUUGUCCCGCCUGCUUUAUGCCAGUUCUGGGCAACCACGACUAUCAUGGCAAUCCCGAGGCACAGCUUGAUCCAGCCCUCUGCCUGCGUGACCCCCGCUGGCGCUGCGAGCGCUCGUACAACGUGAGGAGAGACGCGUGCCCCAAGUAUUUAUAUGAACCCUGUGACGCUCCAGUGGAGCUGUUUUUCAUUGACACGUCACCCAUGCUGAUUGGCUACUGGAAACCCUCGGCCCACCAAACUGAGAGGCUGAAUUUCACGGGCAGACCGGAGUAUUCGCUCUCAAUCCACUUCCAAAUCGAGACACUGAGAGCAGCCCUUGCGUCGUCAACUGCCAAGUGGAAGAUUGUGAUUGGCCACCACCCCGUGCGCAGCACUGGGGAGAAUGGGGAUUCAGCUGAGCUCGUACAAUACCUCAACCCCAUUCUCAAGGAGCAUCAAGUAGAUUUUUACAUGAAUGGCCAUGAUCAUAACCUGGAACUUUUCCAGGAACCUGCAAGUUCGCUGUUCUUUGUAACGAGUGGAGCAGGGUCGCAGGUGAGCCACAAGCGGUCGACUACAACCAACCCCUUCUCCCAGUUCUACUAUGCAGAGCAGGGGUUUGUAUCAGUCAUUAUUGAUGGCAACGGCUUGAAGCUUAACUUCCAUGAUAUUGCGGGCACUGUAAUUCACACCCUGUGGGUGGACAAGUAG